CCGGCCGUGAGAGGAGCCCGCCGGACCCCGCGGCAGCGGAGCCGGGUGGUUGGAGCGGAGGAGGAGACGGACAAAGCCGAGGGGCUGCUGCCUGUGAGCGGCCGUGGGGAAGGUGCGCCUGACGCCCUGUCACCGCGGUGCUGAUGCUGUGUUUCGCCUUUCUUAAUGGCUGACAGUAAACACCAGAACCCGCUGGUCCCAGCCUUCGGCUCCCGUGUGCUGUCAAAAUAGGAAACACGUCUUGCUCCUUCUGGCCCACCCGAGGAGUCCAUCCCCGACAGGUGCAAGUGCGUGAGAGUGACACAAAAAAUGCUGGGCAACACAACCUGCCGGAGCCAGUUAGUUUUGGUUGCAAAUCCAACGAGCCUACGAAACAAAAGAUGUUUUCGUUUCACUUUUCUUCAUGAGGGUCCAGAUCUGGAACAGUCACGAGCAUGCUGGCCUGCUGGAAAACACCAGGUGAUCCAGGCUGUCUUCUUUGGGAUCUGUGUCUUGACCGACCUGUCCAGUCUUCUCACUAAAGGAAAUGACAGUCAAGAGCAAGAGAGGCAGCUGAAAAAACUCAUUUCCCUCCGUGACUGGGUGAUGGCUGUUCUAGCUUUCCCUGUUGGAGUGCGCCCACUGCACCACAGCUACCACUUGCCAAAGCCUUGGCCAGUGCCUGAGGGACUGCCAGCUACUGGGGGCUCUUCUUCGGUGGGAUUACGGUUUGUUGUGACGAUGUUUUGGAGCAUCUAUAUCUAUGACAGGGAACUGGUUUACCCAAAGCUGCUUGAUAAUUUUAUACCAGCAUGGCUAAAUCAUGGAAUGCAUACAACAGUUUUGCCCUUUGUAUUAAUCGAGAUGAGAACAACACAUCAUCAGUAUCCCAGCAGGAGCUGUGGACUGGCUGCAGUAUGCACCUUCGCUGUUGGCUAUAUUUUAUGGGUGUGCUGGAUUCACCAUGUUACAGGAGUGUGGGUGUACCCGCUUCUUGAGCAUCUCAGCCCAGGUGUCAAAAUAAUCUUUUUUGCAGCCGUUACCGUAAUAAUUAACAUAUUCUACUUGGUGGGAGAGGUCCUGAACAACUACAUCUGGGAUACCCAAAAAUGUAUUGAAGAAGGAAAAGAAAAGCCAAAAUUGGACUGAACAAUAGAGGCAACAUGGACGAUUGUUUAUGGCUCCAUGGAAGAUUUCUCAUCCCCAACAGAGGUUGGCAUGGAGAGGAAUCUUUUGGAAAGGAGGAAGUUUAAUGGGCCCUCUGCUCAGUGCAAGGAUAUUUUGGGGUUUUCUAUGGAAGGAAGAUGAUUUUAGCUAAGAAUAAUAACAAUGUUUCAACCUCCGUUCCUAUUUCUCAAUGCUUGCAUGUGACAUACACAUAUGAGAUGUAUAUUUAUCUCCACGGCAUUCUCCAUGUGCAUUUCUUGCAUCAUAUAAGUCAUUAAAUCAUUAAGUCAUUAAGUCUUUUCACUUCCACCAAGAAGAACAGUGAGUCCAUUCUCUGUAUUGUUUGAGAAAAGCUUAACCAGAUGGGUCACUAAUAUGGGGAAACAAAACAAUCCUAUAUAUCUCAAAGUGCAGUGUAAAAAUACAGUAGAAAUUAAUGCAUGAAUGUAUCCAAAGAAGAAUUCAAUCUGACUGAAAUACUAAUGUAACACUAUGUAACAGCUGCCUUAAAUUGGUGAUGUUAAUGAUUUUAUCAGUCUAGUAAAAUCUUACUUGCAAUGUUAGACUCUCUGAAUAUGAUGCAACUUUUCUUAAAUAGAUAGGCCUAAAUAAAGAUCAAAUUAUCCCUGCUUUUCUGUUUCUUCAUGCUGAUUCUUGAAAUUCUAGAUGGAUUGAUGGCAUUGAAUUAUAU